AUGCUGAGCUGCUUCUUUGGGGCUGAGCUGAAGCCCGAUGGAGUCCCGAUGAGCUUCGCCAUCCCGAAGGGGACGUCACUUGUCAUCACACAGUGCGCCGUCACGAGUAUGGUGCCGCCACCGCUGCCACCGCAGCAGUCGACGGACGCUGGGGCGUCUUCGUCGCUGACGGCCAAGGCGUACAGCCCUGUUACAUUGUGCGUGCAGGGACAUGGCCUGCCCACUCGAUUUGCCGUCUGUUCCUUGUCCCCGGAGCAGAGGAUCACGUACUGCCCCUUGCAGCUUCUCUUCUCUAAGGCGGUGUCAUUUGUGCUCGUGCCACAAACUGGAUCUACGGCUGCUGCUGACGCGCCGUUGUCAUCCUCACCUGCUCUGCAGGUAGGGAAGAAGACGGGGCGGAGUCAGAAGCACCACAAGAACGCAUCAGGCGCUCAUGGCGCUGGCGCCGAAGCUGCCGCUGUCUAUCCGACGGUGCACCUGACGGGCUACUACGAGCGUCCCGCGGACGAGGACGAGGACAGUAGUGGCAUGGCCAUGAACUUCAUGGAGACAAGCGAUGACGAGGAGAAUGACGAUUCAUCCGAUGCUGCGUAG